AUGGCCGCCAGCUCAUUGUCCCUGAAAAAAGUGGUCAAUAUUAUGACCCCCGUUGAGGAGACUCAAACGGAAAGCAAUACCCCGGAAAAUCGUUCCUCACCAACUACAUCUUCUUCGCGUUCAUAUUCACCGCCUCGCCGCCCACUCCAAAACGAUGAUAUACUCUUCCCGGAACCAACCUUCUCCGAGAAAUUUUUACGUUAUUUAAUGGUCGGCAUCUAUUUGGGUGGCCUCAGCGGCCUCGGUUUCGUUUUGUCCAUUUAUUAUAUCUUCUUUUGGGAUUCGCGUAUGCCACCCGUUUAUAAGCCAGCCAAAAAAGCCACAACAACGCUAUUUAUGAAACCAUAA